GUCCAGAGUUCAUAGUGCUUCAGAACGCGGAAGUGCCGUCGAUCCGUCCAUAGUGGAAGUGCGGUUGUUGAAAAUGCGGUAAAACAUCGACAAAACAUCCAAUUCACACAUGUGUCGGUGUGUGUGAGCAAGACAUGGUGCCAGAACAUGGGAAUCAGCAGAAACGCUCGUCGCAGCCGUCUAAUAGCGAGGGUGACGCGGACGGAUCGUUCGUGUUUGAGGCUAAAGAGGCCUGGAAGGAUUUCCACAACUCCCUCAGACAGUUUUAUGAGAACGGAGAGCUGUGUGACGUCACUCUGAAGGUUGGGAACAAACUGAUACCAUGUCACAAACUGGUUCUGGCCUGCGUGGUGCCGUACUUCCGCGCCAUGUUCCUCUCAGAUAUGGCCGAGGCCAAACAGGACUUGAUUGAGAUACGAGAUUUCGACGCCGAUGCCAUCCAGGACCUGGUGCUCUUCGCGUACUCCUCGCGCCUGACUCUGACGGUGGAUAACGUCCAGCCGCUGCUGUACGCGGCGUGUAUCCUGCAGGUGGAGCUGAUCGCUCGGGCCUGCUGUGAAUACAUGAAAGCACACUUCCACCCCUCCAACUGUCUGGCCGUCCGCACCUUCGCAGAGAGUCACAACAGGGUGGACCUGAUGGACAUGGCUGACCGCUACGCAUGCGAGCAUUUCAGUGAAGUGGUGGAGUGUGAGGAUUUCAUCUGCGUCUCGCCGCAGCACCUCAAGACGCUGCUGGCCUCCAGUGACCUGAACAUUCAGUCUGAGACUCAAGUGUACAACGCCGCUGUCAAAUGGCUUAAAGCCAAUCAGAAACACCAUGAUGUCUGGCUGGAUCAGAUCAUGUCUCAGGUGCGUCUUCCUCUGCUGCCGGUGGAUUUCCUCACAGCCACUGUUGCUAAAGAGGAGAUGAUCAAGGCUAAUUUGAGCUGCAGAGACCUUCUGGACGAAGCUCGAAAUUAUCAUUUGCACCUUAGUAACAAGAGCGUUCCUGACUUUGAGUAUUCGAUCCGUACGGCUCCCCGCAAGCACACCGCAGGUGUGUUGUUCUGCGUCGGGGGACGAGGGGGAUCCGGAGACCCGUUCCGCAGUAUCGAGUGUUACUCCAUCAGUAAAAACAGCUGGUUCUUCGGCCCUGAAAUGAACAGCAGACGCAGACACGUGGGAGUGAUUUCAGUAGCAGGGAAAGUUUAUGCUGUUGGAGGCCAUGAUGGCAACGAGCACCUCGGAAACAUGGAGAUGUUUGAUCCACACACCAACAAGUGGAUGAUGAAAGCCUCCAUGAACACUAAACGGAGGGGGAUUGCGCUGGCUGCUCUCGGCGGACCCAUCUACGCUAUCGGAGGUCUGGACGAUAACUCCUGCUUCAGUGACGUGGAACGCUAUGACAUCGAGUCGGACCGCUGGAGCGCCGUGGCUCCUAUGAACACACCCAGAGGAGGCGUGGGAUCUGUGGCGCUCGGGGGCUAUGUGUACGCGGUUGGGGGAAAUGAUGGUGUUGCUUCGCUGUCCAGCGUGGAGCGCUUCGACCCUCAUCUGAACAAAUGGACAGAUGUGCGAGAGAUGGGGCAGCGGCGCGCUGGAAACGGUGUCAGCGAACUCAACGGAUGCCUCUACGUUGUUGGUGGGUUUGAUGAUAAUUCUCCGCUGAGCUCAGUGGAGCGCUUCGACCCCAGGACCAAUCACUGGGAGUAUGUGGCGGAGUUGACCACGCCCAGGGGCGGAGUCGGCGUUGCCACGGUGAUGGGGCGUGUCUUUGCAGUGGGGGGCCACAAUGGAAACAUCUACCUGAAUACGGUGGAGGCCUUCGAGUCCCGGAUGAACAGAUGGGAGCUGGUGGGCUCUGUGUCUCACUGUCGGGCCGGUGCUGGAGUCGCCGUCUGCUCCACUCACAUCAGUCAGAUUCGAGACGUCGGCCAGGGCUCCAGUAACGUCGCUGACUGUAUGUAGCUACAUCGUCAGAGUUUGACACACUACAACACUAACGCUUCAGCCUAAUUACACACCAAACACCUGCUUUCAGCUGUAAUGUGGCUCUGAAUCAUCUGUGUACUACAUGACAAGAAAACUUUUUGCUUGAGUUUUGUUAGUGGAAAGUGUUUGUUUUUUUUAGCAGUGAGAUCACAUGAUCACUGUAUGUGUUGUUUGUACUGAUUUCUACUGCUGAAAGUAAUUUCUCUCUUCUACAUAAGAAAUCUUCUCAUUCUUGUGUUUGAAUGACAAAAGGACAUUAGAUAUUUAUUUAUGCACAAACUUAAAAAACCCUAUUUUGUGACUUCAGGACACAAAGAACAAUCAAAAAGAGAUCGUUCUAUAACCGAGUGUUUGUUUGCGUGAGGACAAUCACAGCAGUGAUCAAGACAAAAUGAGAGAUCCAUGAGCACUAGCAGAGUCAUUUCUAACGUGACACAAUUAUACUUCUGUUGUGAGCCACGUCUCAUUUAUGACUUCAGCGAGACUGUCUUAAUGGAACCCUGCAUAGGAUCUAGACUGGUUUUGGGUUUAGAUUUGUGUUGAACCGUCUGGAGCGAUGAUGUGCUUCUGUUGUUGUUUUUUUUCACUGCCAAACAUGAACAGCAAGCUCAGAGAUGCUUUUAUAUAUUGCUGUUGUAUAUUACAAAUGUAAAGCUUUUCUGGCUUGAAUUUGUGUUUAAUGUUUUACAUGAUUUAGUUCAAAGUGGAAAAAAGAUAUGAUUACAUUUUAAAACAGAUCCAUUGUAAAUUGAGGGAAUACAGAUGGGUUAGUUCAAAAUGACAUUGAAUUCUGAAUAUGAAAUAUUUAUUUUAUGUAAUGCAUCUAUUUCUUAGAUUUGGUAAACAGUUCAUAUUGUUGCUUUUAGUUAGUAAUUAUUGGUUGGACUCCAGCAUGUCAAUCUGAUUAUAUUUGAGAUCUGCUGUUGAAAUGUUGAUAUUGUUGAAAUCUGUUUUACAUUAUUCUGGUGUCACAGAUGUUAACAUGUUGCAUUCGGUGAUGUGAACAAACAAUACAUUUUCAUAGAGCAAUUUAUUUGAAUGAUUUUCAAUGUUAGCUGCAUUUCUGUACCUGCUGAUUUAAAAGCAGUAUAUCUGAAAGAUAUUUCUCUCAAACAAAGUUAAUCUGUCUGAAGAAUUACACUUUAUAGCACAUUUUCCCAUGUGUACAUUUUGUUUUGCUCAAUAUGUUUAUUUAUUCCCUUAAUUUUUUCCUUUUGUGACCUUAUUUUUUAACCUUUGUAAUGAUUGAAUAAAACAAAAAAGCAAAGUG